ACAGGAGACUAAAGCCUUGCGUGCAAGGACAGACAAGAUGUGCUUCACCCCUGUUUCUCCAGGAUCCGGUUCUACGUGUCCAUCCGUGAUUCUGCCGGGGAGAGACGGUACCAGUCUGGAACGGGAAGCAAUCUGAGAAAACAUUAACGGGAGAAUCCCAAGGGGGGGCGGUGGAGGUGGUGGCAGUGGAUGAGUGGGUUUCAGAAAUCCAUAAAGGUGGCUGCUGUUGGAAAUCUGUUUCUCGGAUUUGCACUCGGAGAAAGGAGAUACUGUUUCCUUGCUUUUCAUGUUUUAAAGAAAAGCUUUUUUUUUUUGUUUCCCUUCGCUACCCCCCUUCUUAUGUAUUUCUUGGCACUGCAGUAACUGGCAAGGGAACAGCUGAAUAGAAAGAGGCUGGCACUGCCUGGAGUUAUGCCAAGGCAGAUUGGGAGAGAUGCCCACUGCGGAGCUAAACAUGCAGUGAAUGGCAAUACCAUGGUAGAGCCUUUUCCAGAAGGAAUGGAAAAGGUUAUUUUUGGGAUGGGCUGCUUCUGGGGAGCGGAGCAGCGCUUCUGGAGGAAGUCAGGAGUUUUCUCCACGCAGGUUGGAUAUGCUGGCGGCUGCACACCAAACCCUAACUACCAGGAAGUCUGUUCAGGUAUGACAGGACACACAGAAGUGGUGCGAGUGGUCUAUGACCCGCAGGCAGUCAGCUACAAGGAGCUCCUGAAAAUAUUCUGGGAGAGUCACAACCCUACACAAGGUAUGAGGCAGGGUAAUGACGUGGGGACGCAGUAUCGCUCCGCUCUCUACACCUACACACCCCAACAGAUGGAGCUGGCAUUACAGACCAAAGAGGCGUAUCAGCAGGAGUUGACCAAAAAGGGUGUUGGUGUCAUCAGCACUGAAAUUCUCGAGGCUCCAGAGUUUUACUAUGCAGAGGAUUACCACCAGCAGUACCUCCAUAAGGUUCCCAAUGGCUACUGCGGACUGAAAGGCACAGGGGUCAGCUGUCCGAUGGGACUGGGCAAAAAAGAGGAGCUGUAACUGUAAAGUUCUUUUAAGCAGUACAUCCCCAUGCUCAGAGAAGAAAAGCCCAGUUGCACAGGUAGCAACAUGCUCAGAUAGGGUGGAUACUUAAUACUCAUUCUGCAACCUUCUACAGUUCAAUGAGACAUGUUUACAUACAGAGACACUAGCUCUGAUGCUUGUUUCAAAGAGGAUUCUGUCUGUGUGCAUCUGUAUAUAUAUUUGGGUUGUUUAGAAAACCUAAAUGUUUCACAUUUGAAAAAUAGAUCUGUAAAGAUAAUUUUAAGGAGCAUUUUGUAUUUAUUUUUUUGAUCAAACCCUCUUAAAACCUGACCAAAAUAUCAGAACAGCAUGCUCAUUAAGAAUGGAUUGAAUGAAUAUAUAUGAAUUGAAUAUAUAUAUAUAUAUAUAUAUAUAUAUAUAUAUAUAUAUAUAUAUAUAUAUAUAUAUAUAAUUUUUUUAAAGAUGCAAGCUUGCUGCUAGGGCCACACUCUGUCACUUCGUAUAAUUAUUGUUUAUCUUUCUGUGUCUCAAAAGCUCUCCUAAAAUGUUUUUCAAGAGAGCCUUAUAAGACAACUCAAGGUGAAACAACAGCUACUUUCCUAGAGAAUGAUCCUUUCUCGUUGCUUCUGGAGCCAAAAAAGCCACCGCUUUCCAUCAUGCAGUGCAGCACCGUAUCCUCUUGAAUCACAAGCUUCAAAUUCAUAGAAUUUGUUUUUCCGCGCCUUCUUUUCACAUUUAUGUUGAUUAAGUGAAGUUACGGAAGUGUAGAGAACAACAGCUAUUUGAUUUGAAUCGCUGAUGUAUUCGAUCUGUACAGAUCCAGUAGAUCAGAUGUUUUGAGAUGCCUUGGAAAUAUCUUGUAUUUGGGGAGUCAAUGCUUGGAUAUGUGUUGCCUUAAAUAAAAAGUCUUCCUUGCAAACAGA